AUGUCCGUGUUGUCGCCCUUGCGGUCCCCUGGCGCCAAAGCGGUGCAGCUGUACUGGGUCGUCGCGAUCGCCUCGACCUUGCUCUCGACGUGGAUCGGCAGUCUGAGCGAAUACCGGUGCGUUGGACCAAAUAAACACAACCUGAACUCACUCGAAGCCAACUGACCAGAGCUGCCAAUAUAAUAGGUUCCCUCACACGCUGCUCACGACGUCUCUGCACCUCUCGUUCGCGCUCGCAACGGUCGUCGUGCUGUCAUCGCUAACCACAAAAUCCCCAGGCACUCGAUCUCGCCAACUCACCUCCUCCCCAUCCAACGGCCCUCGAACUUCCGAUUAUCUUCUUCUCCCCCGACCCUUGAACCUCUCAACCAUCCUCACCCCCGUUGCCGUGUCCACGGUCGUCUCGGCUCAAAUCUCGGCCCUGCACGAGGAUUCGCUUGCCUCCGUCGCCGAACAACCUUUUAUGUCCUUCAUCCGCAUCUUGCCCAUCUUCCUCUUCAUCUGUCUCCCUCUAAAGGAUUCGGCGAGCUGGCCUCGAAUCACGGCGACUCUUCUUGGCCUCGUGCUCGGUGCUGGGCCCGCGGUUCGGAUCAACGGGGGCAGCUCGACGGCGUGGUGGGGCGGCGGCGUUUGGGCCUUCUCGACUUGUGUCUGGGCAUUUGGACUACAUGCUGGUCUUGGUGUCAAAACACACCAGACCGUCGAACCAGAGGAGCGACAGACGACCGAGGCCCCUCCGACUGGCACAGGGUAAGUGCAAGAUCAAGCUUUUCCCCCUUCGAAGCUCGCUCAUCAUGCCAUCGCUCCCAUCGCUCCCAUCGCUUCCUCCCAGAAGCACCCCACGAUUGAACCUUCCCAUAUAUAUUGGGCUUUUACUGCUUUUCAACCUGAUGCUGCUCGUCUUCUCAGGAGAAGUGGGGCGCGCUUCCUCGUCGGGUCAUUUCGGCUUCUUCACCUCCGCCGGGUUUUGGAUCCAGGAACUCGUCAUGGCGUGGUGCAGCUUGGCACGGCUCGUCGCGUUCUGGAAUCUGUUUCAUGUGAGGCCAUGCGCUAUGGUCCCCGGAUUUCGACGAAAGGACACUGAUAUUCCUUGCGUCCAUGGUUCAGCACCUCGAUCCCCUCUCGAUCCUUCUGGUCGCCUCCGUCAAAGACUUCUUACUCCCUCUCGCCACAUCCUUCACCUUUGGCAAUCCCCUCAGCACGCAAGAACAAACAGGUUCGGCUUUGAUGACAUGGCAGCAAGCGCUCAUUAUUGCUGGGGUAGGAUGGAGUGCACUGAGUGAGGGUCAGGCUGGGACGAGGAGGAAGCGCGGUUGA